AUGUGCGUAGCUCGGUGUGGUGGCGGCGGGCGGGCGAUGCGAGCGGCGCAGGGGGGCGCGGCGCUGGCGGCGGCGGGGCGCGCGGCGGCGCGCGACGACGCGCUGCGUCUGCAGCCGGCGCGGCCGAGCGACGCGGCGCGCUACACGUGCGGCGUCACCGCGCCCGGCGGAGCCACGGCUGCCGGCGAUAUCGAUAUACAAGUCCGCAAUCCUCCCAAAAUAUCACCAUUCAUGUUCUCUUCGGAAUUAACUGAGGGCAGUGCUGUGCAAGUUCUAUGCGGAGUAUCAUCUGGAGACAAGCCCAUGUACUUUUCAUGGCUUAAAGAUGGUCAUCCAAUUCCCACUGACUUGCAGAUAGAAGAGAAGAGCUUAAACGAAUUUUCACUGUUGAUGUUCUCGGAUCUAACGGCGCGCCACAGUGGGGACUACACGUGUAGUGUGUCGAACCACGCAUCUACUGCAAACUACACCGCCACUCUUAGUGUCAAAGUUGCACCAUCAUGGAUUACGGAACCCUUAGACGUGGCUGUAUUACUGGGAGCACCUUUUAUACUAGAAUGCGCGGCUAAAGGUUACCCAACGCCAGUUAUGACAUGGUUCAGAAGACUAGGUAGCGAUUUAGAGGCAAUGGACCACUGGGAGGCAACUGGAGCGGGGUGGGGGGAAAACGCAGGAUUUUCGUACGUGUCGGGCGGUGCGGAGCAUCAGGUGGCGGGUAGCGUGGCGCGGGCGCGGCUGGCGGCCCGCGCGGCGGUGCGCUCGCAGCAGGGCGCCUACCGCUGCACGGCAGACAACGGCGUCGGCGCGCUCCUACUCAAGCACGUCAACGUUACCGUGCACGAGCCGGCGCACUUCGCGGGGGCGCACGGCUCGCUGCGCAACGUGUCGGCGGUGCGCGGUGCGGCCACGGCGCUGGUGUGCGACGCACGUGGCGACGCGCCGCUUGCCGUGCGCUGGACGCAUCGUGCGCGCGCUCUCGACCUCGACUCAUUCAGAUGGACUAUAUCGGAAACACGAUCAGGCGAGGGUUUACGCUCAGUUCUCAACAUACGCGCGGUGGAACGCGAAGACGCGGGCGAGUACCGCUGUCAAGCUCAUAACCGCUUCGGCAAGAGCGAGCUAAUUAUAUUUCUAUACGUCGAAGAGCCCCCGGAAGCACCACGAUCAGUGCUAUUGGGUGGAACGAGUUCGCGUUGGAUUCGUGUCCGAUGGCGGGCCCGACCCGAAGCUACCGUGCAAUAUUCCGCUCUCUGCACUUCGCUUAACACUCUGCCAACUCCAGAUGAUACUACACUGGCUAUCAACCUUACAUUAGAAACAGGAGAUGACGAUACACCUGACUCUCAAGGAUAUCGUUCAUUGAGUUCAAAACUGGAAGGUCUUCGGCCGGCCGCUGCGUACUCCCUGCGCCUUAUCGCCUCUAAUCACGUUGGCCAGUCGCCACAUUCUGAACCGCUGCUCUUUACGACGUUAGAAGAAGCUCCAAACGGAACGCCGCAGAAUAUUCACGUAAAGCCAGUUAAUACGGAAGAGCUGCACGUGUCUUGGUCGGCUCCCGCACAACACACAUGGAACGGAGAACUGCUGGGGUAUGUGGUGUCGUGGCGAGAGCUGAGUCGGAUGGAGGAGGAUAGCGCUGAGUGGGAGGGAGCAGAUGAGGGGGCAGGGUUGCGUGCCGGAAGUGCAGUGUCCGUCGGAUGGAGUAGCUCAGAGAUAGCGUUGGUCGGGCUACGAGAGUUCGCGCGCUACGCGCUCACAAUGCGCGCCUACAACGCGGCGGGUGCCGGUCCGCACUCGCCCGUCGUAUACGCUACAACUGCUGAUGGGGUUCCCGAGACAGCACCAAGCGACGUGACGUGUGUAUCGGAGGGCGCGCGUUCGUUACGAGUGCGCUGGGCGCCGCCGCGCGCCGCACACAACGUGCUAAGCGGCUACGAUGUGCUCUACGCACCGAUACACAACGCGCCCAUCUGCCAACCUCACUCUCUUCUGGUUCAUAAUCCCGAGAGGAUUGAGAGGAGGAGCGAGAGGUCGGCGAUCGGAACUGACGCAAGCGUGUGCGCAGCGUGGCGCGGCGCGGGCGCGGAGCAGGCGCUGCGCGUGGCGGGCGCGGCCGCGCGCGAGGCGGCGCUGGCGCUGCGUGCGGCCGCGGUCUACUCGCUGCGCGUGCGCGCGCGCGCCCCGCGCGGGCCCGGCCCCGCCUCGCCGCCGCUGCACUGCGCCACCACAGACGACGUUCCGGGCGCGGUGGAGACGCUGCGUGCGGUUGCGACAUCGCACGACACAGUACGCGUGGCUUGGCUGCCGCCCGCCGAGCACACUGCUCAUCUCACGCACUACACGUUGCACAUCCGCGAGCUCGCCAGAGCGGGCGGCGAGUGGUCGCAGCGUGUAGAGGUGCAACAAGACUACAAAUUUCAGACAUUUAGUGAUACACUGAAAAAAAUCGGAGAACAGAACUACGCAAUUCAGCAAUCUAUUGAAUUUCUAUCGGCUAAAUAUGAUAAUGUUCUAAAAAAAAUGGAAAGUCUACAUAAGGAGAAUGAAGGAUGUAAGUCUCGAAUAACACUUCUCGAAAACAAGAUAGAACUUAUGGAACGCUCUGCUCUUGCCUCCACCAUCGAAAUUAGAAAUGUACCUAAGAUGCGAUUCGAAAAUAAACAGGCUCUUUGUGAAUUAUUGAAACAUGUUGGCUUAGCCCUUAAUCAGCCAAUCGAGGACAAUGAUAUCUGUGACAUUUACCGUAUAAAAUCCAAGUUUAAAGAGGAUACCCCCAUAAUCGCAAGGUUGAAUACCACCUCCAUUAAGGAGUCAAUAAUUCGCUCAGUAAAAUCAUUUAAUAAACAAAACCGGGAUAUGAAACUUUCUUCUAAACACCUACAAAUCGACGGACCACCACGGCCAAUAUUUGUCUGCGAAGCUUUGACUGCCAAAGCCAGGCGGUUAUUUCACCUUGCUAAAGAAUUUGCUAAGACUAAUAAUUAUAACAGAUGCUGGAUCUCAUACGGAAAAAUUUUUCUAAGGAAGAUAGAUGGCUUGCCGUCCAUAAAAAUCGAUUCGGAAGAAGACUUAAACAGACUGAAGUGA